AUACUUUCUCAACAUCCAGGCUGCAGCAUUUGAGAGCUAACCCAGAGACGGUUCACGGAGCUACCGGAUCGCUUUAUUCAGUGCACAUUUGGGACAUUUCCAUCACUUGAGCGGCUCAUUCCGGAGAGUGACGCGCUGCAGUUCCGAUAAUGGGAGACGCUCAGUCUGCGCAUCGGGAGGGCAAGGAGGAUGCAGCGGCUGAGGGGGACAGCGGAAAAGUGGAUGAUGCUUACACUGAGCAGAAUACUGAAGACAAGCUUCUCAAAAACAAUGGGCAGAUCUCUGAGAUCAAUGGAAAAGCAGACGGCUCUAUAGCAGAAGUUAAUGGCCACUGCGAGGAUGAGAUCGAUGCAGAGGCUAUCCAUUCAUCAGACGAAGAUGUUUCAGAAACAGAAAAGCCGCUUAAAGAAGAAGAAACACCAUUCAAUGUUGAAAUUAAUGAAAAGGAAUCACCCAAUGAAGCUGAUGCUAAUGAAGAUGUACCCCUGGAAAUUAUUGAAAUGGAUGCAAAGCAAAAUGACAUCAAUGAAAGUUUUAGGAGAUUUUUCAGAAACAUUGGUUUGAAUUUGACAGUGAAGAGGGGCUCAGGUGAAAUAGCAACAGAUGUGCCUGAUGAGACCAACCAGGAAGAACCAAACAGAGCAGAAGACGUUGAGGAUACCAUGAAAGAAACCACAAGUGAGAAUGCUGAACAGAAUGCUGAUGUGAACAUUGCACACGAAACUUAUGAUAAUGAUUCAACAACAUGUCCUACCCUGACAGACGUUACAUCGGACAUUCUAGAAAAUGCAGAGGAGAAAACAGAAGAAACCAAAGAGGAAGUUGAAUCUGAUAAUGUAGAUGCAGCAAUGACUUCACCUGUAGGAGAACAUGCACAACAGGAUGCCACACCUGAAGAGUCACAUUCCACAUCUCCAUGUAGCCCUGAAGAAGAAGUGGUUGUAUCUCCAAUUAAAAGAUUUUUUACAACUGGAAUCUUUUCUGGACUACGGAAGAAAAAGAAGCCUGCAGAAGAUGAGACAACUGACAAAGAACCAGAAGACAAGGGAGGAAAGGAGGUUGAAGAGACCAGAGAACAAACUGUACAAGACAAACAACAGGAUAUAGAGGAGAUUAGUCUAGGUGUUGAUGCAGCUGCAAUUGAGACAGAACGUAAAGAAAAUAUACUGAAAGGGGAGAUCCUGUCUGCAGUAUCAGCUCAGGUGAUGGAUGCAUCUACCAUAGAUCCAUCAACCAUCAUUCUCACUGAGCCUGAAAUUCUGAAUUCUCAAGAGAAGGACAAGGUUCAAGCAAGUCCUCUUAAAAGGCUGCUGUCAGGGUCUAGUUUAAAGAAACUAUCCAAGAAGCAAAGAGGCAGGAAAUCAAGUGACGCAAAGCUGUCUGACUCUGGAGAACAUGGUUCAGAUCAGCUCCUAUCAUCUACUGGGUCAGCUGAGAAUCAGAAAGAAGAAGGUUGUGCACAACACUCUGCAGAGGCAGUAGGAGAGGAGGAUGGUGCAUGGGCUUCCUUCAAAAAACUUGUGACUCCAAAAAAGCGCAUAAAGAGAUCCUCCUUAAGCAAUGAAGAGACACAAAUCCCAGGUUCAGUAGAAGAACCAAAACCAAGUGAAGGAGGGCAAAUAUCAGAUCUCAGCACAGAAGAAGGCAAAAAACGAAAAGACUCAUCUGUUUCAUGGGAAUCUGUUUUGUGUGGAUCCGGCAGGAGAAGAAGCCGAAAAACUUCAGACUCUGAGGACGAAAUACUUCAAAUUGAUAAGCAAGAUGGUGGAUCUAAACAUGGUACAGAAUUGGCCCUAGAAAGUUCUAAUGAGGUCGAUGAAAUGUUAGCCUAUUCCCCCAAAGAAGCAGGAAGUCCUUCAGAGGGUGAUGGAGGGUCAACAUGGAAAUCAUUGAAAAGACUUGUCACCCCGAAAAAGAAAGCCAAGGAUGAGGAUGAAAGCAAAGAUCAUGUGCAAUCUGAUAGUGAAGUUACUCAAGAUGAGUCCUCCUUUUCAAUAAAGAAACUCCUACCAGGACGAAAAAAGAGGAAGUCUGCCGAAAAGCAAGACCAAGUAUCUUCAGAUGAAGCUGAUAAGGACGUAGCUUCAGGUGAUGAAGACUCUGAGACACCAGCUGUGGUUCCAUUGUCUGAGUUUGAUACAGUUGAGACUGAGGUUCACAUACAAACACAGGCAGACGUAGAAAGUCAUAUACCCAAGGAAGGAGACCAUGAACUCCAGCAAGACCUUCUAGAUCAGAUGGCUGAACCAGUCCUACCUUGUGACAACCUGCAAACUGAAGUAAAGAAAGUCCAAGACAAUGUUGUUGCUUUAGAAAAUCAGGCAUCUAAAACCCCAGCUACAAAUGAAGAACCUGAUGAUUUUACAGAAUCAAUCAGUAAACAACAACUCAGUGACAUCCCAGAGGAAGCCACUCCAGCUUCAGCCACUGAGGAGGCAGCUAGAGAUGACACUAUAGCAGAGGACCUGAUAGAGAUCACAUCUGAGGCCAUUACUGCACCAGAGCCAUUAGACAUUACCCUGACAGAUGAAACUGAGAUGAUCUCUGCAGUUUCCCAGUUAUCUUCAGAGUCUUCAAAAACAUCUGGCAAUACAACACCAGUACCAGCAGAAUAUGACUUAAUGGAAACAGAUGUGCUCCUGCAUCAGGUUGUUGAAACAAUUUCCAUAAGCCCAAACACAGUUCCAGUUUGCUCAAAUGAGCUAAGAUUCGAAAGAAGAGUUGUUUCUGUUUCACAUCAAAUACUUGAAACAUUUGUAAAAGAAGAGCCAACAACUCUGGAAAUACACCAAAGAUUAGAAGCAACUGCCAUUAACACAGGUCUAAAUGUUUCAGAACUGUACGCAAUUAAUGAACUUGCAGCUACCACUGAAACAGAGAGCAUAUUUGAAGUCAAUGACUCUUAUUCCACAGAGAUUGUAUCUGAAGUUCCUACUGAAGAGUUUGACACUGCAGAAAUUGCUGUAGAUGAAGUACAUGAGGUCAACAUUACACAUCAAGAAGACAGCUUAAAAGAAUUAGAAAGUAUCGAUGAGAGCCAUCAUCUGGUCGAAUGCCCAUCUGAGAUAAAUGCAGCUGUGUCUAAAGAUAUAUUACCUGAAGGUGACGAAAUUGUCCCAGAUGAAGGUUCUCUAGUUAAGGCACAUCAAGCUAAAACGGAGCCCCCAAAAAUUGACGCUCAAGAAGCAGAUUCAGCUGCUACAGUAGCAGACGAAACUAAGGAUGGGGCUAUGGAGCAGGAAGUCCGAACAGUGACAGAAAAGGAAGAUCAGAUCACGCACAAUAUCACAGAUCAAAUUCAAGUUAAGGAAAAAGAUCAGGAAAUAAUAUUGGACGACAACCCAGCACCCGAAACAGUUACAAAUGAACACAAAGAAGAAACAGUGCCUCUAACUGAAGUCAACAUGGAGCCAGAAAAGGAAGAUGAAAUAGUAACAGAUGCCAAAACUGGAAAUGUUAAAGUACCAGAAGCAUAUGACACUGUGCAAGCCUCCACAUUAGAUUUAGAGGAGGACAGAGUUCAAUUACGAGAGGAGGAAGUAAAAUCAGAGGACAUUCCACCAACAGAAACAGUUACAGAAAAACCCAAACAGACAGAGGAGCAUCUCACGCAAGUCAAUGUUGAGCCAGAAAACAAAAAACUAAAAGCAAAUGCUGUCAAAACUGAACAUGUUCAAGAACCAGAAGCUGUUCAAGCACACACAUUAGCUUCAGAGGAGAGCAGUGUUCAAUCACUUGAAAAAGAGGUGAUAUCAGAGGACGUUCCAGAAGCAGAAACAGUUCCAGAUGAACCUAAAGAGGAACCAAUACCUCUCACUGAAGAAAAACUUGAGCCUGUGGAGGCUUCCGAAACUGAACAUGUUCAAGAAUCAGGAGAAGUAUUAAAAGCUGUUCAAGCACUCACAUUAGAUUCAGAGGGCAGUGUUGAAUCACUUGAAAAAGAGCUAAUAAUAGAGGACGUUCCAGAAGCAGCAACAGUUACAGAUGAACCCAAACAGGAAACAGAAGUGAAUGUUGAGCCAAAAGAAAAACUACCAAUGGAAGCUGCCAAAACUGAACAUGAUAAAGAAUCAGAAGGGGUCAGUGGUCAAUCACUUGAAAAAGAGUUCAUAUCUGAAGACAUUCCAGAAGCAGAAACAAUUACAGAUGGACCUAAAGAGGAAACAAUACUUCUCACUGAAGAGAAACUUGAGCCAGUGCAGGCUUCCCAAACUGAAUGUGUUCAAGAACCAGGACAAGUAUUAGAAGCUUUUCAAGGACCCACAUUAGAUUCUGAGGAGAGCAGUGUUCAAUCACUUGAAAAAGUGUUAAUAUCGGAGGAUGUUCCAGAAGCAGCAAAAGUUACUGGUGAACCUAAAGAGGAACCAAUACCUCUCACUGAAGAAAAACUUAAGCCUGUGGAGGCUUCCGAAACUGAACAUGUUCAAGAACCAGAAGAGGGCAAUGGUCAAUCACUUGAAAAAGAGAUAAUAACAGAGGACGUUCCAGAAGAAGCAACAGUUACAGAUGAACCUAAAGAGGAAACAAUACCUCUUACUGAAGAGAAACUUGAGACAGUGGAAGCUUCCCAAACUGAACAUGUUCAAGAACCAGAGUUAUUACCUACUACACAAGUAGCCACAUUAGAUUCAGAGGUGGGUAGCUGUUUAUCACUUGAAAAGGAAGAAAUAUCAGAGGAUAUCCCAGCAGUGGAAAUGGUUAAAGAUGAACCCAAACAGGAAACUGAAGUGAGGGUUGAGCCAGAAGAAAUACUACCAAUGGAAGCUGCUAAAACUGAACAUGAUAAAGAAUCAGAAGGGGACAGUUGUCAAUCACUUGAAAAAGAGGUUAUAUCUGAAGACAUUCCAGAAGCAGAAAAAAUUACAGAUGGACCUAAAGAGGAAACAAUACUUCUCACUGAAGAGAAACCUGAGCCAGUGGAGGCUUCCCAAACUGAAUAUGUUCAAGAACCAGGACAAGUAUUAGAAGCUGUUCAAGCACCCACAUUAGAUUCUGAGGAGAGCAGUGUUCAAUCACUUGAAAAAGUAUUAAUAUCAGAGGCCCUUCCAGAGAGCAUUAUUCAAUCACUUGGAAAAGAAGUGAUAUCAGAGGAUGUACCAGAAGCAGAAACAGUUCCAGAUGAACCUAAAGAGGAACCAAUACCUCUCACUGAAGAAAAACUUGAGCCUGUGGAGGCUUCCGAAACUGAACAUGUUCAAGAAUCAGGAGAAGUAUUAAAAGCUGUUCAAGCACUCACAUUAGAUUCAGAGGGCAGUGUUGAAUCACUUGAAAAGGAGCUAAUAAUACAGAAUGUUCCAGAAGCAGCAACAGUUACAGAUGAACCCAAACAGGAAACAGAAGUGAAGGUUGAACCAGAAGAAAAACUACCAAUGGAAGCUGCCAAAACUGAACAUGUUCAAGAACCAGAAGGGGUCAGUGGUCAAUCACUUGAAAAAGAGGUCAUAUCAGAGGAUGUUCCAGAAGCCAAAACAAUUACAGAUGGACUUAAAGAGGAAACAAUACUUAUCACUGAAGAGACACUUGAGCCAGUGGAGGCUUCCCAAACUGAACAUGUUCAAGAACCAGGAGAAGUAUUAGAAGCUGUUCAAGCACCCACAUUAGAUUCUGAGGAGAGCAGUGUUCAAUCACUUGAAAAAGUGUUAAUAUCAGAGGACCUUCCAGAGAGCAUUGUUCAAUCACUUGGAAAAGAGGUAAUAUCAGAGGAUGUACCAGAAGCAGCAAUAGUUACAGAUGAACCUAAAGAGGAACCAAUACCUCUCACUGAAGAGAAUCUUGAGCCAGUGGAUGCUUCCAAAACUGAACAUGUUCAAGAAGAGUUAUUUCAAGCUGUACAAGAAGCCAUAAUAAAUUCAGAGGUGGGUAGCUGUUUAUCACUUGAAAAGAAAGUAAUAUCAGAGGAUAUCCCAGCAGUGGAAACAGUUACAGAUGAACCCAAACAGGAAACAGAAGUGAGGGCUGAGCCAGAAGAAAAACUACCAAUGGAUGCUGCGAAAACUCAACAUUUUCAAGAACCAGAAGAGGGCAGUGGUCAAUCACUUGAAGAAGAGGUCAUGUCAGAGGAUGUUCCAGAAGCAGCAACAAUUAUAGAUGAACCAAAAGAGGAAACAAUACUUCUCACUGAAGUCAAGUUUGAGCCAAUGGAGGCUUCCCAAACUGAACAUGUUCAAGAACCAGGAGAAGUAUUCAAAGCUGUUCUAGCACCCACAUUAGAUUCUGAGGAGAGCAGUGUUCAAUCACUUGAAAAAGUGUUAAUAUCAGAGGAUGUUCCAGAAGCAACAGUUACAGGCAAACUUAAAGGGGAAAAAAUACUUCUCACUGAAGAGAACCUUGAGCCAGUGGAUGCUGCUAAAACUGAACAUGUUCAAGAACCAGAGUUAUUACAAGCUGUGGAAGCAGCCACAUCAAAUUCAGAGGUGGAUAGCUAUCUAUCGCUUGAAAAUAAAGUAAUAUCAGAGGAAACCCCAGCAGUGGAAACAGUUACAGAUGAACCCAAACAGGAAAAAGAAGUGAGGCCUGAGCCAGAAGAAAUACUACCAAUGGAAGCUGCCAAAACUGAACAUGUUCAAGAACCAGAAGGGGUCAGUGGUAAAUCACUUGAAGAGGUCAUAUCAGAGGACAUUCCAGAAGCAGAAACAAUUACAGAUGAACCUGUAGAGGAAAUAAUACUUCUCACCGAAGUCAAGUUUGAGCCAGUGGAGGCUUCCCAAACUGAACAUGUUCAAGAACCAGAAGAGGGCAAUGGUCAAUCACUUGAAAAAGAGAUAAUAACAGAGGACGUUACAGAAGCAGCAACAAUUACAGAUGAACCUAUAGAGGAAAUAAUACUUCUCACCGAAGUCAAGUUUGAGUCAGUGGAGGCUUCCCAAACUGAACAUGUUCAAGAACCAGGAGAAGUAUUAGAAGCUGUCCAAGCACCCACAUUAGAUUCUGAGGAGAGCAGUGUUCAAUCACUUGAAAAAUUGUUAAUAUCGGAGGAUGUUCCAGAAGCAGCAAAAAUUCCAGGUGAACCUAAAGAGGAACCAAUACCUCUCACUGAAGAGACACUUGAGCCAGUGGAUGCUUCCAAAACUGAACAUGUUCAAGAACCAGAGGUAAUACAAGCUAUACAAGCAGCCACAUUCGAUUCAGUGGUGGAUAGCCUUCUAUUACUUAAAAAGGAAGUAUUAUCAGAGGAUAUCCCAGCAGUGGAAACUGUUACAAAUGAACCCAAACAGGAAACUGAAGUGAGGGCUGAGCCAAAAGAAAAACUAUCAAUGGAAUCUGCCGAAACUGAACAUGUUAAAGAACCCCAAGUAUUACUAUCUAAUGUCAAAGAAAUUCUAACUGAAAGCAAAACUAAGGAAGGGACAUCAUUGUAUGUGCAUGUAGUCACAGAAAGUAUUGAGAGAGAUAGUGCUAAGGAACUUGAAAAGCAAAUAUUGUUGAAAGACGUUCCCAAACCAGACAAUGUCGGUAUAGAUGAAAUUGAGAAUGAAGUUGUGGCACAACUGGAUCACUCUUUAGAGAUAACAGAAGAUCAGAAAACAGUGAGCAUGAAACAAUAUCUUGGUGUUGAGCAGGAAGAACGCAUCCCUGAAGACGAGUUACAAACAUUAACAGCAGUUUAUGUAUCCUCUGUUAAUGAGGAAGAAAAAUAUGUUCUGGUCCUUGAAAAGAAUGUAUUUACUGAAGAAACCCCAGCACCUUGUGUAGACAAUGCUGCAGUUACAAAUAAACUCAAACAUGAAGUGCAUAUCAGUACAGUGCAAGUCAGUGUAGAGGUAGAAAAAGAAAGAGAGACUGCUGCAAUUGAGCAUGCUGUAGUGGCGCAAGUAGUCACAUGUAAUCUCAAGGAGGAAGUUGAGACUGCCAUACCAUUAGUGAAAGAUGAUGUGGCUGAGACAGCAGAGGAAGGCAGUGUGGUUGUGAUGAUGCAUGUGCCAUCAGUAGAGUUCGAGGAAAAUCACAGAGUUCAAGUGCAGGUGGUCGAUGUCAAUAUAAAAUCAGCUGAGACAAUUGUGGACACAGUGCAAGAGGUAGGGGUAACAGAGGCCAAAGAAGUCAUAUAUGUUUGUCAGGAAACGCUUAAAAAGGUACACAAUCUCUCCGCAACUCCAGAGAUUAAUAAGGAAUUAAUGAAUAAGGAAAACAAGGUGACCAUUCAAGAAGUUAUUCAACAUGUAAAGGAGAACUUCCCUGAGAUAGUACCUGAAUCAGUGGUUGAUAACUUGGAACAAGAAGUUAUAAAACAGCCAGAUGCUGUGACAGAAGUGAGUGAGAUGGUUGAAAGUGACACAAAUGAAAUGGAGGAUCAAAAAGUGAUGGAGGAUAAUAUUGCAACAAUCAGAGAAAGACAAGAUGAAGUGCCUGCAGUCAUCAGUGAUGUCUCUGCAACUGAACAGCAAGUAUCUAAGGAUCUCAUGCAAACACCUGAUAUUCCAGGAAAUGUAGAUGUCUCUAUCCGUGAUCACAAAGAGGAUUUGGAGGAAACUAAAGCUAAACAGGAAAAAUCAGAAGCAGGUGUUACAGCAAAAGAGGUCAAAUCAUCAUCAGAGGAAUUAGAUGUGAAAACAAUUAAUGAAGAAGCCCAAAUUACACACAUUGCUCAAAGUCCGAUUGUAACACUUAGGAACACCAACUUAGUAGCCCCCCAAAAUACUGGAAUAAUUUCCUCAAUAGGUAAUGUGGAGUCCCCUUCAAGUCUUUCUUUUGAAUUCAAACUUAAUAUACAGUUUGGACAAGCAAAAGCAGCUUCCCCAUCAUCUACAACAGAGAGAAAUGAACCCGUGAAAAAGACAGAAGUGUCUGAGGUCAGAGUUCAGGCAGUAGAGGUAGUAGAACCCGUAAAGCCAAUAAAUCCAACACAAAGAGCUGAGAGCCAGAAACCGACAGCGCUAAAGGAGGUCGCUGUUCAGGCAACAGAACCAGUGGCAAACUUAGAUUCAAGAGAAAGAGCUGUGAUCACGACUCAACCUGUACUGCUGGAUAUCGGCAUCCAAGCAAUGAAAACAGUUGAACCCGUAGAACAAAUCAAAUCGACAGAGAGAGUAACCUCCAGUGUCCAGGCAACAGAAACAAUAAAACCAGUAAGGCAAGCAGAGAAAGGAGACGUGUUCCUGAGUCAGCCAGUACUCUCUGAAGCUUGUGAACAAGAAAGAAAAGCAGAAACGCCUGUUAAACAAAAAGAGGAGGAAAAUGACCAGGAUGUGUGGAUGGAUGCAGAGGAAGAAAUUUCCACUCAAAAGGAAACAGACGUGUCUCUUCAUAAGGUGGAGGAAUCUCUCAAACUUCAGACAGAAAGCGAGCAAGUAGAAAAGGCAGGACUUGAAGAUGAGGUUGAAAUGGCUCCUAAUUCCAAAACUGAGGAACAAGAAAGUCAACAGGAAAUGCACAAAGCAGUAGGAACAUGUGAAAUUGAGAGUGAUGGGGAAGAUUUUGCCAUUGCACUUGAGCAUUCUGAAACUCAAACUGCAAGCAUCACUACGAUGGAGCAGAAUUAAUUUCACUCAACUUCAGUGUCACUAACCGGUUGGACAAUCAAAAAGGAAGCCUCAAGUUUGCAAGAAGUUUUCAAAAAGCCAUUAAAGAGUAGCACUGACAGUGGUAGAAGAACACAGGAAACAGCAUUUGCUGCUUUUAUUUGACAUUAUGUUCAACAAGAGAUAUACCGAUAUUUACUGUUGAAACUUGUCUUGAUUUUAGAGCGCUAAAGAUUAAUCAAUUAGUUGCCAACUAUUAAAUUAAUCGCCAACUAUUUUAAUAAUCGAUAAAUCAAGUCUU